GAUUGAGCAUAUGGUCUUCCGGGGCACCCCCAGCUUCCCAGCCAAUGACUUGAAGAGAUUUCUGGAGCGCUGUGGCCUUUCUUGGGGUGCCGAUCUCAAUGCCGAAACUGGUAUGGAGCACACCACGUACUCGCUGGACAUUCCGCUGAAGAAGAAUUCCACUGAACUCCUGGCCACGGGGCUCCGGGUCUUGAAGGAGUUCGCCUUCGACGCGCUGUUGCGGUCCGAGGACAUUCAGAAAGAGAAAGGGGUCGUCGAGGAAGAGUGGAGGGGCCGCUUGGGCGUCGAGCAGCGUGUGGAGGAUAAGUUCUGGGCCGAGGUCUUCGCUGGAACCCUUCAUAGCCAGCGUCUGCCCAUCGGAAAGAUGGAGACCCUCCGACGCUGCCCCGAUGAGCGUUUGCGAGCCUUCUACAAGAGGUGGUACCGGCCGCAGCAGAUGACAAUCCUCUGCAUCGGUGACUUCGGGAGCAAUACUGUGGCAAAGACGCUGAUUGAGAAGGCCUUUGCCGACGUGAAGCCGAGCAAGGACUCGGAGCAGCAAUGGACACCUCCACCACUCUCUGCUCACGCAAGAGCGGCGGUG